AUGAGAAGCCCUACAGUUGCAAAUACUCAUGAGACACUAAAGCCAGAAUGGUUAUCCUAUUACACCACCUCGCUAAACAAAUUUCUUGACAUUGAAGACACCGGAUCUAUGAUCGAGCAAGCGAUGAAUUCAGCCACGCACCAGUGGCUAACUAGUAUCGAUGGGAAGCUCAACUACUCGAGAUGCCAAAGAGCCAAGGAAGCGAUAAUGCAUGGUAUCAGAACCCUGGUAUUUGUACCAAUUAGUUCAGGUGGAGUUAUUGAAAUCGGAUCCUUGAUUGAGAUAAAGGAAGAUUUGAGCUUGAUUGAGCUAACAUACUCUAUAUUUGGUGCUAGAGGUGAUCGUGGUAUGUUCAACUUUAUCACCAACAGAUGCGACAAUACAUCACCUGCAAUGCAGCGAAGCAGUCACGUGGAGGCGGAAAGGCAAAGGCGGGACAGGCUGAACCAGCGUUUUUAUGCACUACGUGCGGUAGUUCCUUAUGUUUCAAAGAUGGACAAAGCAUCCUUGCUAUCUGAUGCCGUGAUGUACAUCAACGAGCUUAAGUCCCAAAUAACUUCUGUAGAGGAAAAGCUCAGAGAUCUGCAGCUCAGAAAUUCUACAGUUGCAGACUUAUACUAUCAGCAGCAUCCUCAACAAUCUGAAUGUCAAACUCAUUUGAGCUCUUCCGCUGCUACGACCAGUAAGGCGGCCGUGAAAGUUGAGGUUGAGGUAAAGUUUCUAGGAGAAAGAAUUGUAGUCAGAGCUCAAUCUUGGGGUUUGAGUUUUCCUGAAGCAAAAUUGAUGAAUGUGUUGAAAGAUCUGAAUUUGGUAAUCUGCAACGCAACUAUUUCAAGUAUCAGUGAGGAAAUCGUGCUUCAGAAUGUUAUUGUAGAGAAGCCAACUGAGAUUGAUGAAUUCAUUAAGACGAAAGAAGGGUUAACAAAUACUAUACUUCAGAAGCUACAAUCAUGA